CUCCGAUCAACUACCCCACACCACCGUCCUAUAUAUACGCUGCUCCGCCUCACCUUCCGAUCCCAAUCUCAGCUCCUCCUCUCACGGCCACUUCAUCGCCGGAAUGCUCUCUUACCUUAUUCCCAUGUCGACUCCACUUUGCGUGCUCUCGCCGCCCGAGCUGAAGGCUUUGGUGGCUGUGCCAUUGGUGGGCUUCAUGGUCCCCUUUAUCACGUCACGACCUUAGCAGAUGAUGGGCCAGGAUCACUUCGUGAUGGUUGUCGCAGAAAAGAACCAUUGUGGAUUGUAUUUGAGGUUUCCGGAACUAUUCAUCUUUCAUCUUACCUGAAUGUGUCAUCUUACAAGACUAUUGAUGGCCGAGGUCAAAGGAUUAAACUCACUGGAAAGGGUUUGCGGCUGAAGGAAUGUGAACAUGUAAUAAUUUGCAACUUAGAGUUAGAAGGUGGUAGAGGACCUGAUGUAGAUGGCAUUCAGAUCAAGCCUAAUUCAAAGCACAUAUGGAUAGAUCGUUGUAGCCUCCGUGAUUUUGAUGAUGGCUUGAUAGAUAUUACACGAGAAAGCACAGAUAUUACUAUUUCUAGGUGUCAUUUUUCUCAGCAUGACAAAACGAUGCUUAUUGGCGCAGAUCCCUCACAUACUGGUGAUAGAUGCAUAAGGGUGACCAUUCACCAUUGUUUCUUUGAUGGGACACGACAGCGGCAUCCUCGUGUAAGAUUUGCAAAAGUACACCUGUACAACAAUUACACCAGAAAUUGGGGCAUAUAUGCUGUUUGUGCAAGCGUGGAGUCACAGAUAUUCUCACAGUGCAACAUCUAUGAAGCAGGGCAGAAGAAAGUAGCAUUUAAGUAUCUUUCUGAAAAGGCAGGAGACAAGGAAGCAGCAGCGAGUGGUCACAUAUGGUCUGAAGGAGACUUGUUCAUAAGUGGAACUCAGGCAGGCUUGAUGACUGAGACGAAGAGCGUGGGAGCUACCGCAUUUCAUCCCAGUCAGCACUAUACAACAUGGACAGUGUCACCUCCUACAGAGGAUCUCAAACAGCUUCUUCAUCACUGCACUGGAUGGCAGUGUGUAGCGCGGCCACCAGAUCAGCCCGCCCCUGGCUGCUGAGAUCACAAGUAAUUCUGUGAUAAAUGAGCCAAUUAGUCUGCUUCAUAUGUAUGUAUAUAAAUGCGGCGGGGAUUUAUUGACUUUAUGGUGAGUUGAUUGUGUGCAUAAACUCAACAGCUUGGUUUCUUAUAUCCAUCCUAAUUCCAAUAAACGUCUGCGGUUUGUCCUUUUUUUAAUAUAUAAUUACCCAUUAUUCAUGGGUCGA